CAAUUAGGGCUUCGAGUAGAAGACAAAAGAAGAGGAAUUACUUGUGACGAUCCCCAAUUUGUGUCAGAGACAGACACUAGUAAUACUUCGGUGAAUGCUACUGCGACUGAUCUAGUAGUAAUUCAUUGCAGAAGUUGGCGUUGAAGCUAUUAGGUAUCUUAAAUGGGUUGGGGUGCUUCGACUGAGUGCAACAGAAAAGGACCAGAUUACUUUGGGCUUUUUGCAUCUGAGGUGGCAGAGUUACUUUCUCAGGAUGGAGAUUUUCUGCCAUUCUCAGAGCAGAUAUUUGAGAAAUGUGAAGAAGUAAAUAGUGCUGUCGAAGAAAAGAAUAGUAGUAUGAGUACGUAUAACGCCAAGGAGUUUAGUUACACCGGUGGGUCUGCUUCCUUAUUUUCUGAUUGUUUUGGAUCUCAUGUUUCGGAUUUUAGAACAGAGAGAUUGAAGUUGUUGCUUCGGCAAAGUAUUGUUGCCCUUUCACGGGAAGUGGACGAGAUUCUGGAUCCCAUAUUUUCCAUAUGUCAGUUGCGAUCAUGCCUAAGGUAUAAAGAAAGUUUAUUAGCUGUAUCAGGUGCUGUAUCCGACUCGGAUCAAGGGAGCCGUCCUCAGAAGAAGCUCAAAGCAUCCCCUUUCACAGAUAUGCAGGAUUCAGAAAGAGAGGACCUGAAUAUAUUGCCAUCUGGAGGAAUGUCGAGUGAUGAUGUUCAAAAAGUUGAAGGAGAACAGGUUAAAAGAUCCCUUGCAAAGAUGGACCAAAAUGAAUUGGGUUCAAAUGUAGGAGCAGCUCCUGAAGACUGGGAUGUCCACAAUGAUUUGCAGUUUCUGCUAAAAAAUGAUAGCGCAAAGGUUGAGAGUGUGAUGAAGAAGCAUUGCGAUGAACUUUUAGAUACGCUUGGAUACAUGGAGGAGAAGCUUGAAGAACUUCUUGAUAUUGUUAUGUCAAAUUGCAGGUUAAUGACCUUACCUGAGAAACAACACCUUCGGCGGCUGAUACGGGACCUUCCACCUAGAAAUCUUGAUCGUGUUGUCGAGAUUUUAUGCCGUGGUAAGCAAGUAGAGUCUUGCAGUGAGGUGCAUGUUGAUUUAGAAAAAGAGGACAAAGCAACACUGUGGAGAUUGUAUUUCUACACUGAAACAGUUGAAAAUGCUAAGAGGCUUCACGAGGUGUAAUACUAAGUGGUGACAAUUGACAAGGGCCUUCAUGAAACUGGGGAUAUUCGUGAUUUAGGUUCUGAUCUUCUCGUCGAAAUAGAUCUCUGGUGGUUAUGUUGGAGGCGUCUCAACUCAAGAUUUUGGAGGCCAAUGGCUGGUGCUGAUAUAACUCAGCCUUGUGUGCAGACUGCUCGUCUUUGAUGACAAAUAGAGGCAACAUAUACACAAAUCACACUGUUCAGUUUUAUUUCCUCAUCACUUAUAGAAUGUAUACAAACUACUUUAGUGAUCCAGGCAUCAAGAAUUGUAAAUUUCCUAAGCUUUAUAGCGUCUUAAGAAUUUACAUACCAUGAUUA